AUGGUCUUCUUCUCAGCCAGUAUCAGCCUAUAUGCUGAAGGUCGCGAACGUACCUGGCGCUACGAGAUAGGAGCUGGCAACGAGGGAUCUGGCUAUGGCAAAGGAGAAGCUUGUGCACGAUCUACUUCACGGCGUGGAAAAGCACAGUGUGAACUACUGGGGGAGUCGGACAUCACCUUUGGUUUGCUGUCGGCGGAGGUGCAGGAGCUGCAGAGAUCUUUGCGGCAGAAGAGAGUGACCACGUCGAGACCUGGCGGCAUUGUGCACGACGAGGAGUAUUGGACUCGAUUUAGCGACCGGCUUAGUUUGCAAAUGCUGCAAGACGCAUAUAAGCCUCAUUACCAACCCGGCUUUACGCAGCUAAAGACAGUCACCUCGAUUGCUCGUGGGGAUGCCGGGAUGGGUGGGAGCUGGGUGGAAGUAGAGACGGAUCCGAGACAUGCUUCUGCAAUAGCAGGUCACGCUGCCGUUCACCGUGACAGACAUUUUCGAAGACUACCUCAGAUGUUUGCCACUCCACCAGAGCAGAUCUCUCUGUCGAGCUCUUCAAACAGCUCGAUCACCUCAGAGCUCUCGGACGAGAGCACAAUGCGACCUGACUGUUUGGAUGAUCCUUUUGGUCCGCAGCCGGUCGUGCAGAGAGUAGAAGCAGAGUCGAAAUUGCGUGAGUCGACUGCAGAGUGGAAGAAGUCACAGGUCGAGUCUGUGCAUGCUUUGUAUGAGCAUUUGAGGAUCAGGGAUCAGGUUCGAGAGAGGGUGGCUGCGAGUCAGAGUUCUAAAUGCCCAGCUGAGGAUGGAAAUCGAGCGGUUGUGUUUGAUGAGUCCAAGGAGGUUCUUCAUACAAGCGAGCACGAGUCCGCUUUACUGGACGGAGCUGCGCGGUCGGGCGCAGAGAAAGAGGAACUUGCUCUUGCUACAUCGACCGUUUCUAUUGCGGAUGUAAUCGAAUCGUCCGGGAUGAUCGACCUGCUCGGGGGUACCAAUCGUGGGAGUGAGGAUGUCAUGGACGAGGACGACGAGUGGUUGAUCUUGUGA